GCGAGCGGCCGCCAUCUUAGGCUGCCCGCGCGGCCGGGCGGUCACGUGCGGCGGCGCUGAGGGGACGCGGGGCCGGGCCGGGCUCUGCGGCGCCAUGGGGCAGUGCGGCAUCACCUCCUCCAAGACCGUCCUCGUCUUCCUCAACCUUAUCUUCUGGGCAGCAGCAGGCAUCCUGUGCUACGUGGGAGCCUAUGUAUUCAUCACAUACGACGACUAUGAUCACUUCUUUGAAGAUGUCUACACACUAAUUCCAGCUGUUAUCAUCAUAGCUGUGGGAACGCUGCUUUUUAUUAUUGGACUGAUUGGGUGCUGCGCUACCAUUCGAGAGAGUCGCUGCGGCCUGGCUACGUUUGUGAUCAUCUUGCUCUUGGUUUUUAUCACCGAAGUUGUGGUCGUGGUUCUUGGAUACAUUUACAGAGCAAAGGUGGAGGAUGAAGUUGAUCACAGCAUUCGGAAAGUGUACAAUCGAUACAACGGGACCAAUCCCGACGCAGCCAGCCGUGCUAUUGACUAUGUACAGAGGCAGCUGCGCUGCUGCGGAAUCCAUAACUAUUCAGACUGGGAGAAUACUAUCUGGUUCAAACAAACUAAAAACAACAGUGUGCCCCUCAGCUGUUGCAAAGCAGCCCUCAGCAAUUGCACUGGCAGUUUGACCCGCCCCAUGGACCUUUAUUCGGAGGGGUGUGAGGCUCUGGUUGUAAAGAAGCUUCAGGAGAUCAUGAUGUAUGUCAUCUGGGCAGCACUAGCAUUUGCUGCUAUUCAGCUUCUGGGCAUGUUGUGUGCCUGUAUAGUUCUAUGUAGGAGGAGUCGGGAUCCUGCCUACGAGCUGCUCAUUGCUGGUGGAACCUAUGCCUAGAAGAGAAUUCCAACAUGCAGUUCAAUCUUCCCCCACUUCCCUGGAAGGUGAAUGGGCCAGGUUUACUUCCAUAGCUUUCUUGCCUCCAGCUUAGUCCAAGCACACCUUUCAGACAUGAGGGCAGCCGCACUGUGCACUGGUGACGGGCAACAACAGCUUUACACAAACCCAUAGAAUUACCUGUGACUUUCACUGUUUUAGCCAGCUAUUCAUGUAUCUAAAUGUUUUAGUAUGCUAGUAAACUUUCUAAUUUCAGAACCAUUUGCAAGUUAAGUGUAAUUUGGGUGAUAUGAAAGUCAAAGGAUGUGUGCCUACUUUGGUAGAUUACCUCUGAGCAUUAACUGGCUGAUUCUUGCAUAUAGAGAGAGGAAGUCUUAAACCUUCACUACAUGGAACUUUUCUGGCCAAAGUUGUACAAAGGAAGCCAGCUGUAUUUAAUUUGAGAAGAAAAAAAUGUUUUAAUCUUGCCCCUCACCAGUGUCACUUUUAAAAAAAAGAAAAAAAACCACUUAAGUCCAGUACAAUUUAUAUAUAAAGAAAUUGUAGGGAAGAAAAAAACUAACCAAUUUUAGGAUUAUGUGACUGCAAUUUUGACUUUCAGAGAUCCAGUCUUUCAAACAUUAGUGGUUUAAAAUACAAGCUGGCUUUUCAGGAGUAUAAUGUAUGCACUACUGUUCUAUAAUGAAAUAUUUCAUUUUUCUAUGAAGAGCGUUUUAUGUGUUGAGUGAGCUGUUAGACUGUAGACCUUCAAUUGGUUUGGAAACAAUGUAGCCUUGUAGAGUAGCAAAGUAGUAUGUGAAAGUGAUCUCAACUGUAAAUAAUAAACCUGAUUAAAUAAAUCUCUGUAUAUCCUCCCUAUAAA